AAGCGAAGCUCGAGGUCAGGGAAGAUGCCCACGUUCGCGUGGACGGGGAAGCUACGACCGCGAAAGACGACCGCGAAACGAUCGUACCCGAGCGGGUUGAAUCCUCCCGAUUACGCCAGUUCUGGAUGGCCGGAAGAGGAGUUUGGGUCACGAUUCCAAAGCACCGUAGAGGUAAAGCCGCAUGAGGCUCGACAGGCGAUGCGCGCGGCGUGUUCUUUGGCGCGACACGUGAUGGAUACAGUGGCGUGGGCGCUCGAGCCCGGCGUCACGACGGAGGAGCUCGAUCGUAUAUGUCACGCGGUGACGGUUGGAAACGGCGCGUAUCCGUCGCCGCUCAACUACAUGGGUUUUCCAAAGUCGCUGUGCACAUCCGUGAACGAGGUCGUGUGUCACGGCAUUCCCGACGCGCGCCCUCUCGAGGACGGCGACAUCGUCAAUUUGGACAUCACGGUUCGCCUGAACGGAUACCACGGCGAUUUGAAUGAAACGUAUUACGUCGGCAAGGGCGGAGCCAAGUCGAAAGCGGCGCAGAAGCUCAUGGACUGCACGCGCAAAGCCCUGGAAAAGGCCAUCGCGUACUGCCGACCCGGUCGACGAUUCAGAGACCUUGGCGAAAUCAUCGCCGAGGAAGCUUCCCGAGGCGGAUACGCGAGCGUGAAGGACUUUUGCGGGCACGGCAUCGGCCAGCUUUUCCACUGCGCCCCGAACGUUCCACACUACGCUCGCAAUAAGGCGAUCGGUGUGAUGAAGGAAGGAAUGACGUUCACGAUCGAGCCCAUGUUUAACGAGUCAUCGUCGCACAAAGUCGUGCACUGGCCGGAUGGAUGGACGGCGGUGACGACGAACGGAGCGCGAAGCGCGCAGUACGAGCACACGCUGCUCAUCACGUCCGAUGGGGUCGAGGUGCUGACGGCUCGA